AUGAUAGUGCCAUCAUUCACAUGGCCGGCCUUUGUGGUGCGGCGAGCGGCAUGGAAUGGCCAUGCCAAGGUUGUGCAGGCCUUGUUGGACGAGGGUGCCGACAUCAGUGGCAGCGAGAGAGCGGCGUUUGGGCAAUGCUCUCUGUAUUUAGCAGCACGCAACGGCCACGUCGAGGUGUUCAAGCUGGUGGCCAUGCACGAUGCAAGCCUGGUGAAGGCGCGCGACGCGGAUAACAAUUCGGUACUGAACGUGGCGGCACAGAGGGGAAAUGCCGACAUGGUCAAACUGCUGCUGGAGAAGGGGGCCGAGGUCAACGCUGACGACGGGAUAGCCAUCAGCAGUGCGUGUAGCAUAGGAGCGCACGCCACGGUACGCGUGCUCCUCGAUCACGGGGCG